AUGGGCGCCGCGGGUCCGCUCUGGGUUUUCUUGGCUCUCGCCGUGCCAGGGGUCCUCGGUCAGUGUAAGUUCCUGCCAAGGUAUCCUUUUGCUAAGCCUAAAAUUCAGAGUGAUCAGUCUGAGUUUGCUGUUGGGACAACUUGGGAAUAUGAAUGCCUUCCUGGGUAUGUCAAGAGGUCAUUCUUUAUCAUCUGCCUAGAGACCUCCAAGUGGUCAGAUGCUCAGCCAAUCUGUAAACGUAAAUCAUGUGUAACUCCUAGAGAACUCCUCCAUGGCUUUGUCCUUGCACCCAGGGGUAUCGUGUUUGGGUCAACAAUUACAUAUUCUUGUGAUAAAGGAUAUCGACUCAUUGGUGACUCCUCUGCCACAUGUAUUAUCUCAGACAAUAUUGUAACCUGGGAUAAGGACAUGCCUUUUUGUGAAUCUAUUCCUUGUGAGUCACCCCCAGCCAUCUCCAAUGGAGACUUUUACAGCAGCAGUAGCGAGGACUUUUACUAUGGAAUGGUGGUUACUUAUAAGUGCCAUGUUGGACCGAAUGGGAAAAAGCUGUUUGACCUCGUGGGUGAGAAGUCAAUAUAUUGCACCAGCAAAGACAAUCGAGUUGGCAUCUGGAGCAGCCCUCCCCCUCGGUGUAUUCAUGUAGUCAAAUGCCCAAUUCCAGAAGUUGAAAAUGGAAUUAUGGAAUCUGGAUUUAGACGCUCAUUUUCCUUAAAUGAUUCUGUGAUGUUUAAGUGUAAGCCUGGCUUUACCAUGAAAGGCAGCAACACAGUAUGGUGCCAACUAAACAGCAAAUGGAACCCUCCACUGCCAAGGUGCUUCAAGGGGUGUCUACCACCUCCACAUGUCUACCAUGGUAAUUAUAACAAAUUGGAUGAGGAAUUCUUUGCAGUUGGACAGGAAGUGUCCUACAGCUGUGAGCCUGGCUAUACUCUCAUUGGAACUCACCCUAUGCAGUGUACAUCCUUGGGAACCUGGAGCCAUCCAGCCCCCAAAUGUGAAGCAAAAUCAUGUGAUGCCAUUCCAAACCAACUUCUCAACGGUCAUGUGGUAGCUCCUCCUAAUCUCCAGCUUGGGGCAGAGGUUGCAUUUGUUUGUGAUAAGGGGUACCGGUUAAAUGGCCAAUCUUCUAGUCAGUGUGUCUCAGAAGGAAUGAGAGUACUCUGGAAUAAUAAGUUUCCUGUCUGUGAACGGAUUUUUUGUGACCCUCCUCCUCCUAUCAAAAAUGGGCGGAAUAGUUAUCAUUCUGGUUCCAUAGCUGUUAACGCUGUGGUGAGGUACAGCUGUUUGGGUGCCUUCCGCCUCAUUGGAGAAAGUAUUCUUUUUUGUAUAACUAAAGACAAAGUGAAUGGAAUCUGGGAUAAAGCUGCUCCUAUAUGUGAAUAUUACAAUAAAAAUUCUAUUUGCUCUGAGCCCAUAGUACCAGGUGGAUACAGAAAUAAAAUGUCUAGACCACCAUACAGACAUGGUGAUUCUGUGACAUUUACCUGUAAUACCAACUUCACCAUGAAAGGAAACAAAACUGUUUGGUGCCAAGCAAAUAAAACAUGGGGGCCAACACCACUACCAACCUGUGAAAGUGAUAUCCCCCUGGAGUGUCCAUCACUUCCCACAAUCGCCAAUGGGCAUCACACAGGGGAGAGUGUUAAUUCCUUUGCCCCAGGAUUGUCUGUGACCUACAGCUGUGAACCUGGUUACUUGCUUCUUGGAGAAAAGACCAUUCGCUGUUUGUCUUCGGGAGACUGGAGUGCUGUCACUCCCACAUGUAAAGAGGCACAGUGUGAACCUCCAGGACCAUUUCUCAAUGGGCAGUUAAAGAGGCCCACAAGUCUUCGGGUUGGUGCAACUGUGAACUUUUCCUGUAGUGAAGGGUAUCGAUUACAAGGCCAACCUUCUAGCCAGUGUGUAAUUGUUGGACAGCGUACUUUUUGGACCAAGAUGCCAGUAUGUGAAGAAAUUCUUUGCCCACCACCUCCUUCUAUUCUCAAUGGAAGACAUACGGGCAGCUCUUCAGUGAAUGUUCGGUAUGGAAGCACAGUCACUUAUACCUGUGACCGGGGCCCAGAGCAAGGAGUGAACUUCAUCCUCACUGGGGAGAGAACUAUCCAUUGUACCACUGAUAGUCAGAAGACUGGGACCUGGAGCGGCCCUGCCCCACGCUGUGAACUUUCUGUUUCUGAGGUUCGGUGUCCACCUCCCCAGAUCCUAAGAGGCCAAAUAUCAUCCGGGCAGAAAGAUCAAUAUUCCUAUAAUGACACUGUGGUAUUUGCUUGCGUAUUUGGCUUCACCAUGAAGGGCAGCAAGGGAAUCCGAUGUAAUGCCCAAGGCACAUGGGAACCAUCGGUACCAGUCUGUGAAAAGGAUUGUCAAGCUCCUCCUAAAAUCCUCCAUGGGCAAAAGGAAGAUAGACACAUGAUUCGCUUUGACCCUGGAACAUCCAUAAAAUAUAGCUGCGACCCUGGCUAUGUGCUGGUGGGAGAAGAAUCCAUACAUUGUACCUCUGAGGGAGUGUGGAUACCCACUGCCCCCACAUGCAAAGUGGCAGAAUGUGAACCUAUAGGAAAGCAAGUCUUUAAAAAACCCAAGAACCAACUUAUCAGACCAGAUGUCAACUCUUCUUGUGAUGAAGGGUACCGGCUAGGCGAGAGUGUUUAUCAGCAGUGUCAAGGCACAAUUCCUUGGUUUAUGGAGAUUCGUCUCUGUAAAGAUAUCACCUGCCCACCACCCCCUGUUAUCUACAAUGGAGUACACACAGGGAGUUCCUCAGAUGUCCUAUAUGGUACCACAGUCACUUACACAUGUAACCCCGGGCCAGAGAGAGGAGUGAAGUUCAACCUCAUUGGGGAGAGCACCAUCCGUUGUACAAGCAACGAUCAAGAGAUGGGCAUCUGGAGUGGACCCGCUCCUCUCUGUAAACUUUCCCUCCCUGCUGUUCAGUGCUCACAUGUCCACGUUGCAAAUGGAUACAAGAUAUCUAGCAAGGAAGCCCCAUAUUUCUACAAUGACAGUGUGAUAUUCAAGUGUAAUAAUGGAUUUACUUUGAAGGGCAGCAGUCAGGUUCGUUGCAAAGCCAAUAACACCUGGGAUCCUGAAAUACCAGUUUGUGAAAAAGGCUGUCAGCCACCUUCUGGGCUCCACCAUGGUCGGCAUACAGGUGGAAAUAGGGUCCUCUUUGUCUCUGGGAUGACUGUAGACUACACCUGUGAUCCUGGCUACUUGCUUGUGGGAAACAGAUCCAUUCACUGUAUGCCUUCAGGAAAUUGGAGUCCUUCUGCCCCUCGGUGUGAAGAAGCACCAUGCCAACCUUUGAAGGAAGGUCUUCAAGAGCUUCCACUUGGUUCACCUGUGGUACCAGUUAAUAUGUCCUGCCAAGAUGGGUACCAGUUGACUGGACAUGCUUAUCGGAAAUGUCAAGGUGAUAAGAAUAGGGUUUGGUUCCAAAAGAUUCCACUUUGUAAAGUUAUCCACUGUCAACCUCCACCAGUGAUUAACAAUGGGAGGCACAGGGGUGUGAUGGCAGAACACUUUCUGUAUGGAAAUGAAAUUUCUUAUGAAUGUGACCAAGGAUUCUAUCUUCUGGGAGAGAAAAGUAUACGGUGCAUAAGUGAUUCUAAAGGACGUGGAUCUUGGAGUGGACCUCCCCCACAGUGCAUAAAAUCUCCUCCUGUGACUCACUGCCCUAAUCCAGAGGUCACACAUGGAUACAAGCUAAAUAAAACUCGUUCUUCAUAUUCCCACAAUGACAUAGUACAUGUUGCCUGUGAUCCCGGCUUCAUCAUGAAUGGGAGUCACUUGAUUAGGUGUCAUACUGACAACAAAUGGGUGCCAGCUGUACCAACUUGUAUCAAAAAGGCUUUCUUAGGAUGUCAACAUCCAUUUAAGAUCCCCCACGGAAAUCAUACUGGUGGAGACAUAGCUCGAUUUUCUCCCGGAAUGUCAAUCCUGUAUAGCUGCAACCAAGGCUACCUGCUUGUAGGAGAGGCACUCCUUCUUUGCACACAUGAAGGAACCUGGAAUGGACCUGUCCCUUAUUGCAAAGAGGUGAACUGUAGCUUCCCAGAGCAUAUAAAUGGAAUCCAGAGUGGGCUGGAGCCUGGAAAAAUGUAUCAGUAUGGAGCUGUCAUCACUUUAGAAUGUGAAGAUGGGUAUACCCUAGAAGGCAGUCCCCAGAGCCAGUGUCAGGAAGAUCACGGAUGGAACCCUCCCCUGGCUGUUUGCAAAUCCCCAAGCUCACUUGUUCCUCUUAUUUGCGGUUUUUCUGCAGGGGUAGUAGCUCUUUUCUGCUUGGGUGCUAUCACCUUACGCAUGAUAUUAAAACACAGAGAAUGCAAUUAUUAUACAAAUACAAGCCGUAAAGAAGACAUUCAUUUAGAAACACUGGAAGUAUAUUCUGUUGAUCCAUACAACCUAGCAAACUAA